AUGUCUCUCUUUUCCUCGUCGCUCUUUGCGCUCGUCUGCGCCCUGGCCGUAUGGCCCUCUGCGGCUCUCGCCCAGACUGACUCUUGCAGCACCGGCUCGGGGUGCGCAAAACCCGUUGUCGCGACCCUGUCCAACGCGGACAAAGCCAGUCUCGGGACAGGUCUGGGUCUGAUUGGAGGUCCCUGCAUCGGCUCCACCGCAAAAGUAUCUGCGAUCCCCGGAUGGGCCGGGCUUUGCUUGCAAGACAGCCCCGUCGGAGUGCGCUUCGUGAGCGGAAACUCGGUCUUCCCUGCCGAAAUCAAUGCGGCCGCCACCUUCAACCGGACCCUCAUCCGCGCCCGCGGUGCUGCCAUGGGCGCCGAGUUCAGGGGGAAAGGUAUUAACGUAGCCCUCGGACCUAUGAUGAACCUGAUGCGUGCCCCGGCCGCGGGUCGUAACUGGGAGGGUGCGGGAGGUGAUCCCUUCCUCACCGGAGAAGUUGCGUUCGAGAUGAUCGAGGGCAUCCAGUCCCAGGGAGUGCAGGCGUGCGCUAAGCACUUGAUCAACAACGAGCAGGAACAUUUCCGCAUGAGCAGCUCCUCGAAUGUGGACGACAAGACUACGCACGAGCUGUACAUGCAUCCGUUCCUUCGCAGUGUCCAAGCGAAUGUUGCGUCGGUGAUGUGCAGUUACAACCAGGUCAACGGCACCUUCGCCUGCGAAAACGACAAGGUCCUCAACGGUCUCCUCAAGGGGGAGCUCGGCUACCAAGGCUACGUCAUGUCUGAUUGGUACGCGACGCACUCGACGGCCCCGUCUGCGAACGGCGGACUGGACAUGACCAUGCCCGGCGACAAGUUCUUCGCUUCGUUCAGCAGCUACUUCGGUGACAACCUCGUGAGCGCGGUCAAGAACGGCGACGUUACGCAAGCGCGUCUGGACGACAUGGCUACCCGCAUUUUGGCUGCAUGGUACAUGAUGGGCCAAGACUCAGGCUACCCCGCGGUCAACUUCAACUCCUGGAUCUCCUUCCUCGGCUCCAACGUCAACGUUCAGGGCGACCACGCCAGCCUCAUUCGCACGAUCGGGGCUCAGUCGGCCGUCCUGCUCAAGAACCAGGGCAGCGUCUUGCCGCUCAGCGCCCCCAAGUCGCUCGCUAUCGUCGGCACCGGUGCGCGGUCCGCGAUCUUGGGCCCGAACGAGUGUUCCGACCACAGCUGCAACGACGGUGUGCUUGCCGUCGGCUGGGGCAGUGGCACCGCGAGUUUCCCGUACCUCACGGCGCCCCUCGAUGCUAUCCAAGCGAAGGCGAAGGCAGACGGCACCUCGGUCUCCACCUGGACCUUCAGCGACGACGUGAACCUCUCCGCGAAUGCGGCGAAGGGCAAGCAGGCCGCGCUCGUCUUCAUCACCGCUGACAGUGGUGAGGCGCAGUACACGGUAGAGGGCAAUGCUGGCGACCGCAACGAUCUGCAGGCGUGGCACAAUGGCGAUGCGAUCGUGGAGAAGGUCGCGAGCGUCAACAACAACACCAUCGUCGUCGUGAACAGCGUCGGCCCGAUCAUCAUGGACGCCUGGAUCACGAACCCGAACGGCAAUGCGAUCGUCGACGUCCUGUACGGCGCCGUGAACCCCGCCGGCCGCCUGCCCUUCACCAUCGCGAAGGCCGAGCCCGACUACUCCGCGCGCGUCACCUACACCGGCUCCGGCACCGUGCAGAUCCCCUACUCCGAGGGCCUCUUCAUCGACUACCGCCACUUCGACCAGGCCAACAUCGCCCCCCGCUUCGAGUUUGGCUUCGGGCUGUCGUACACCACCUUCUCGUACGCGGCGCUCAAGGUCAGCGGCUCGACCGCUGGGGGCACCCGCCAGGCAGUUGGGCCGGGCUCUGCCCUCGACCCUUGGCUGCACGACCCCGUCGUCACCGUCACCUUCACGGUCACCAACACCGGCUCGCGCGCGGGCACCGAGGUCCCGCAGUUGUACACGUCCCCGCCCGCCUCUGCGAACCAGGCGCCGUUCAACCUCAAGGGCUUCGACUCGGUGUACCUCAACCCGGGCGAGACGAAGACGGUCACGUUCCAGCUGUCCCGCUACGAUUUCUCCGUCUGGAACGUCGUCGCGCAGCGCUGGGACAUCGCGACGGGCGUCACGGGCCUCUCCGUGGGCUCGAGCAGCAGGAACCUCAAGCUGAAGGGAUCCAUCACCAACUAAUCGACUUACUGCUUCUUGUACAUAUACCC